AUGACUCCUUACCAUGUAGACACAAGUUUGCAUUCUCGUCAGAUACGUCUCCAAUAUGGCACGAGUAUCUUCCGCAGUCAUCUCAAUGAACCACCUUGGAAACAGUAUCCCAAACAUCUCUGCAGCCGUGAAGCCAAACGUGCGGCCGGAGGUCUCGAGUUGGGGAGCUGGAACUCUUACAACUCAAAAUGCUACCUCUAUACCACAAGAAUAACCACAACCGCAAACACCUCAAAGUGUACAAAUCAAGGUCAGCCAUCACCUCCGCAAUCGAUAGGAUAUGAAUUCGCUCCACCAUGCGGAUGCACAGCCAACGUCUGCUGUCAACAGCAUGCACCCGUCUCGAAUAUCAAUCCCGUUGUUGAGCGUGUGAAAUCUCUUGCUUGCUGGGACUGCGGGCCUGUUGGAACUAUUAUUGCUGCUGGUACUUUCGCUAUUGGUACCGUCGGUUCAUAUUUUACUAUAAAAUUGGCGAUUUGGACUGCUACCAAAGACUAUAUCAGACAUUGUCAGGCAGAUGAGGAGGCACAACGAGCGACUGUUCAAUGUAGGAAAGCAACUGGGCAAGCCCUUUCUCAUCCUCCUUUCUUCAAGCGCGGUCCUACAAACGACACUCUCGUUCGUCAAACACUAGGUGGAACACUACCAGGGUUCACGGAGUACUUCGCCCUCGACAGUUAUGAUCUUUUCAUCUAUUUGCUACUGGGACAAACGCUUUAUGCGUUGGUCUCAUCUGCGAUACGUUAUUUUGCAUGGAAAUCGCGCGGUCAUCGAUACAAUUCGGUACCAUCUGCCAGAAAUUCACUUCCGAUAUCCACAUAUAGCCACAAACCUGAGCCCACGCAAGGUACAACUUCAACAUUAAACUUUGCUCGAAAAUCAUUGGCAUUUCGGUUCACCAAGGAACCUAUGAACCUUCCUUGGAAGGCGGGUAAUAGGAGGAAGCUAGCCUUCCAUGCGGAUGAUAAGCUUAUGCUUGAUGGGAUCUGGAAUGACACAGAGUUAUCAUUAAGGAAACAAACUCAGAUUCAUGAAUUGGUGCAUAGCAACAUCAGAAGUCUUCUUGAACUUUACAGAUUGGAGAUUUCUGCUUGUACUGGGAAUGCAAGACGUAUCUCAUUGGUUGAUAUGCUAUUCAUUUCUCCUCUAAAAGAUAUUCUCAUAUCUUUUCCGUGGGAGACCGACACUAUCAGACUCAUCAUCGAGAAACUAGUGAGGGAUAAGGAUGCUGAAAGAUUUGUGACAUUCUGCGAGAGAAACACAUCGGAGCUGCGGGAAGAUACCAAGAAAACUAUUUUAUCUUGUCUCGAUACUCUCAGAUUCACUGGAGUUGAUGCUGGAGGCAAGCUCAUCGCUUUGACUCAUAUCCUAGGCAGCCUGUAUAUUGCUGAAUUCUCUCGAGACACUUACAGCUGGAGUGACAUACUGCAAGAUAUAGAAGAAACAUUCACUGUAGCUGUUGUUACAAACACAUGUCUCUCAUCGCGGCCUCCCCUGGAAGGCAAACGAUGUGCCAAUGGCGCCAACAGUAGUGAAGGUUCAUUAACUCUGGCAACUCGGAUUGCUACUAGGAUAGGCACCUCAAAUUCAUCAUCGAAGGACCUGACUCUAUUGAAGAAUAAUGGCGAGAAUUAUCACCUAGCACAUGGAGCUAAUCCCCUUGAACCUUUCAUUGGGCCUGGUAGUAAGAGUCACCUGAAACUCCCUGAAUCAUUUCUAGAGGAAGGGAGGGCUCGUGCAUUGACCGCCAAAUGGACUAGAAAUCAACGGCAAUGGGGUUGUUGUAAUGUUCCCAGGAUCAAAAUGUAA